AUAUUUCCUAGGCAUCAGUUGUGUUUGGCAGGCCGUACAAGACGGUAGGAAUCUUCUAUAGUGGAACGCCAAUCACACACACAAAAUGCUAGUAGCUGGGAAAUUCGUGACUAUUAUUCUGGGUAUGGCCCUAACGGCCUUUACCGUAUCCACAAUUGUCUUGGCUGUACAAAAAUCAAAUUUAAAAUCCGAAUUGGAGGAAACUAGGGACAAAUUAGAUAAACUGGAAGAGGCUCUAAAGACUACGACAACGACCACAACAACGACCGCCUCACCGCCAACAACGGAAGAUCCUUCAGAACAGAUAAAUUAUCGUUUGCCCGGUAAUUUAGUGCCAACCUACUAUAACCUGUACCUGCAUCCAGACAUUGCAACUGGCAUGUUUUCUGGUCAAGUUAUAAUCGAUAUUGACUGUGUGGAGACUACUGACGAAAUUAUACUCCAUUCAUUAAACAUGACCAUUAAGAAUGUCUAUGUCACCAAUGUGGGAAGCUCAACUAAUUUCGUCACGGGUUACGAAUUAGAUGGAGUUCGUGAAUUUUUAGUGAUACACAUGGCAGAGGAUAUUGUGGCGCCAAGAAAAUUCCAAUUGGGCAUAUUGUUCGAAGGCAGUAUGGCAGAUAAGAUUGUUGGUCUAUACUCAUCGUCAUACACAAAGCCGGAUAAUUCUAAAAAACGGAUAGCUACCUCGAAGUUUGAACCCACCUAUGCCCGUCAGGCUUUCCCUUGUUUCGAUGAGCCCGCUUUGAAGGCUGUGUUUGAGAUCACUUUGGUUUAUCCUAAUGAGGGAGAUUAUCAUGCUUUAUCGAACAUGGAUAUUGCGCAAGAACAAUUCCAAGGUGCCUAUACCGAGGUGCAUUUCAACAAAAGUGUCCCCAUGAGCACUUAUUUGGCUUGUUUCAUUGUUUCCGAUUUCAAGAGCAAAGAUGUUAAAAUCGACACAAAGGGCAUUGGUGAAGAAUUCGAUAUGCGUGUCUUUGCCACACCCGAGCAAUUGGAUAAGGUAGAUUUUGCUCUGAAUGUGGGCAAAGGAGUUAUUGAGUAUUACAUCGACUAUUUCCAAAUUCCAUAUCCAUUGCCGAAAUUGGAUAUGGCUGCCAUUCCUGACUUUGUCUCGGGUGCCAUGGAACAUUGGGGUUUGGUUACAUAUCGUGAGACCUCGCUGCUCUAUGAUGAAGCUGUUAGUUCCACAGCCAAUAAGCAACGCAUUGCCAGUGUCAUUGCCCAUGAAUUUGCUCACAUGUGGUUCGGCAAUUUGGUAACCAUGAUGUGGUGGAAUGAUUUGUGGCUAAAUGAAGGCUUCGCCAGUUACAUUGAAAACAAAGGUGUUGAGGCUAUUUAUCCAGAAUGGAAAAUGAGAGAUCAAUUCAUCACCAACACCUUGCAUGGUGUAUUGGCCUUGGAUGCCACUUUGGGUUCUCAUCCCAUUAUUCAAACUGUUGCCAAUCCCGAUCAAAUUACGGAAAUUUUCGAUACCAUUACCUACUCCAAAGGCUCAUCGAUUAUUCGAAUGUUGGAUGAUUUCUUGGGUGAUGAUAAUUUCGAACAUGCUGUCACCAACUAUCUGAAUGAAUUCAAAUACAAGAAUGCCGUCACCGAUGACUUUCUCACAGAAAUCGAAAAGCUGAAUCUGGGCUUUGAUGUCAAGGCCAUUAUGCGCACUUGGACAGAACAAAUGGGCUUGCCAGUGGUAGUUGUACAACAGUUGUCUGCCACCGAAUACAAAUUGACACAGAAACGGUUCUUCUCCAAUCCCAAGGAUUAUGAUGGCACCUAUGAUGAUUCACCUUUCGACUACAAAUGGUCCAUACCAAUUACCUAUAAGACCAGUGCCAGUGAUGUUGUCAAACUUGAAUGGUUUUACUAUGACCAGAGUGACAUCACCAUUACGUUGCCAAAUGCUGUGGACUGGAUUAAAUUUAACUUUGAUCAAAUUGGCUAUUAUCGUGUUCACUAUCCCAUUAAUAUGUGGAAAAAUUUGGCUGACAAACUAAUUGAAACUCCAAAUGUAUUUUCCGUUGGCGAUCGCGCCUGUCUGCUGAACGAUGCCUUCUCCUUGGCUGAUGCCACCCAACUAGAAUAUGAUUUGGCUUUGGAUAUGACCCAAUAUCUCAGCAAAGAAGAUCAAUAUGUGCCCUGGAGUGUGGCUGCAUCCAAAUUGACUUCUCUGAAACGUUCCCUAAUGUUUACCGAUGCCUUUGUAGACUAUAACAGCUAUUCUCGGGACUUGAUAGCGCCCAUCUAUGAAACUGUUGGUUGGGAAGUGGGCACUGAUCAUUUGCAAAAUCGUCUACGUGUCACUAUUUUGAGUGCCGCUUGUUCUUUGGGUUUGCCCACCUGUUUGAGUCAAGCUUCACAAGAAUUCAACAAAUGGCUGGAAAAUCCCAAUGAACGUCCUCAUCCCGAUGUGCGUGAGACCAUUUAUUAUUAUGGCAUGUUCGAUUCUGGUGAUGAAGAGAAGUGGAAUAAAAUGUGGGAUCUAUUUGUGAAUGAGGAAGAUGCUAGUGAAAAAGCCAAGCUAAUGUAUGGCUUGUCUGCUGUUCAGGUGCCAUGGAUUUUAAGCCGAUACAUCCAAUUGGCCUGGAAUCCCGACAACGUACGUGGUCAGGAUUAUUUCACAUGUCUGCAAUACAUUGCCGCCAAUCCAGUGGGCGAAUCUCUGGUCUGGGAAUAUGUUCGCGAACACUGGGAGGAUUUGGUCGAACGUUUCGGUUUGAAUGAACGCUAUUUGGGUAGCAUGAUUCCUACCAUCACUGGUCGCUUUGACACCGAAACUAAAUAUGAAGAAAUGGUCUAUUUCUUUGAAAAAUAUCCUGAAGCAGGUGCUGGUACAGCUGCUCGAGUCCGUGCCUUGGAGAAUGUGAAGAAUAACAUCGCCUGGUUGGAGAAUAAUUUGGCUGUGGUACGUUACUGGCUGUCGCACAGAAACACUCUAUUGAAAGAAGUCAUUUUAAAAGGUCUGUUGGACAGACCGGUAGUGGUUACAGUCGCUUCAUAUGAGACUAUACAAAAGGAUAACAAAAUGUUGGGAAAUAAUAAAAUUAUACGAUUAAUUAUGUGCUGGGCUGUCCUGGCAUUUACAGUGUCUACAGUCGUUUUGGCUUUUCAACAUACUCGCUUAAAUGCUGACAUCAGCGAUGCCAAAGAAAAAUUGGAUUAUAUGGAAUCGCUAUUGGAGGGAGAGAUAAAACCGCGUAGUCGUCGUUCCCUGGCUGAUGAGGAGAUCAACUAUCGCUUACCCAGUGCCUUAAAACCUACGCUGUAUGAUUUGUAUUUGGAUCCCAAUCUACAAACUGGAAACUUUGGUGGUAAAGUUGUCAUUACCAUUGACGUUGUUGAGGAGAGCCAACAAAUCAUUUUGCAUUCGCAUAAAUUGGAUAUUAAACGAGUCUAUGUGCAAAGCCAAAAUGCCCUUAGUUUGGAGGUGGUGCAAUACACUUUGGAUACAGUGCGUGAAUUUUUGGUUAUCGAUAUGAAGGAAAAGUUAAUUGUUGGAGCGGCCAUAACCUUGGGCAUUGAGUUCGAAGGAGUGAUGUUUGGAAAAAUUGUUGGAUUGUAUAGCAGUACCUAUAACACACCUGAAAAUCAAAAGAGAACAAUUGCCACUUCGAAAUUUGAACCCACCUAUGCUCGUCAGGCCUUCCCUUGCUUUGAUGAGCCAAAUAUGAAGGCAAAGUUCCGUGUCACCUUGGUCAUACCCACAGGUGAUAAUUACCACGCUCUAUCUAAUAUGAAUCAAGAGAGCACCACACCUUUGGAUGAACGUACUGAAGUGCAUUUUGCCGAAAGUGUUGAUAUGAGCACCUAUUUGGUCUGCUUCCUUAUUUCUGAUUUUGCCAGUAGCAAGAGACCCGUCCAUGCUGAGUAUGGAGAUGAUUUCGAAAUUCAAAUUUUCGCUACUGCACAUCAAUUGGCUAAGACAGAAUUUGCUGCUGAUACGGCAGCAGCAGUUACAGAGUUUUAUAUCAGAAAUUAUAAAGUAGAAUAUCCAUUGCCGAAACUGGAUAUGGCCGCUAUUCCUGAUUUCGCUUCCAAUGCCAUGGAACAUUGGGGUUUAGUUACUUAUCGGGAGACAGCUCUGUUAUAUGAUCGCAGCUUCAGUUCCACUUGGAAUAAACAACGCAUAGCUGCUGUAAUUGCUCAUGAGCUGGCGCACAUGUGGUUUGGAAAUUUGGUUACCAUGAACUGGUGGAAUGAUUUGUGGCUAAAUGAAGGCUUUGCUCGUUUCAUGGAAUAUAAGGGUAUCAAUGAAAUUUAUACUGAUUGGGGAUUGCCCGACCAAUUUUUGAUCCAUGCAUUGCAUGGUGUCAUGAAAUACGACUCCUCUGUUGCCUCACAUCCCAUUGUACAAACUGUAGAGAAUCCCGAUCAAAUUACAGAAAUCUUCGAUACCAUCAGCUAUGAAAAGGGUGCCUCCGUCAUUCGUAUGCUGGAGGAUAUUGUGGGAGUUGAAAAAUUUGAAUUGGCUGUCACAAACUAUUUGAACAAAUUCAAAUAUCAAAAUGCUGUAACGGAUGAUUUUCUAACAGAGGUGGCCAACACUGAGCCAGGUUUCGAUGUCAAGCUUAUGAUGCGUACUUGGACCGAACAAAUGGGCUUGCCAGUGAUUGAUGUUAAACGCACUUCAGCAACAACAUUCGAACUGACACAGAAGCGUUUCUUUUCGAAUAUUGAGGACUAUGACAAAGUCUUUGAUGAUUCCGAAUUUAACUACAAAUGGACUAUUCCCCUUACCUAUUUCUACGAUCAUGAUGCAACUGUACGUCGUGCUUGGUUCAAUUAUGACGAGUCUGCUGUCACCGUAUCCGUGCCAAUUCAAACUAAAUGGUUAAAAUUCAAUAGCCAUCAAGUGGGCUAUUAUCGCAUCAACUACGAAGAGACCAUGUGGCAUGAAAUCACUAGCGAUUUAGUGGCCAAUCCUGAAAAGUUCGAUGUCGCCGAUCGUGCCCAUUUGCUGAAUGAUGUAUUUGCAUUGGCAGAUGGCAGUCAAGUCCCCUAUGGCGUUGCUUUGGAUAUGACCACAUAUUUGGAAAAGGAAACCGACUUUGUUCCUUGGUAUGUGGCAGCCACCAAGCUACAGGCACUUCAAGGAAAUCUCAUGCAAACAGAGUCCUAUAUGAAAUACUUGCAUUAUGCCCGUGGGCUAAUGGCUAAAGUUUAUGAGCAGGUUACCUGGAAUGUGGAUGAAAAUAAUCACUUGAAAAAGUAAGCAGAAAAAAUACUU